AAGAAGGGACAGGUGGCGUCGGAAGGGUGCUUCACGGUGUACUUGGUGGGGAGAAGCAGAGAUUUUUUUGGUGAAAACAGAGUACUCGAGCCACCCCUAUUAUGGGUCUUGCUGGAGGAGGUGGAGUCAGAGUUCGAGUAUAGCCCGGAAGGCCCGCUACCGCUGCCGUGCCAGGUGGCGUGCUUCUGGAAGGUGCUUGUGGCGAUGGACUCGGAGGAUGAGAGGAGGCAGGGGAACGGGAAGAAGAGCUGCCUCACAGGACCACCGAAUUUCGUACCUCGGGUAGGGUAA